AACCACCUCGCCCUCCAACCGCAGCCUAGAGUUUCUGGGGACCAGGAUACACGUUAGGAUUCAGAAGCCCUGGCCAAGCCGCGGAAGCCUCGGAAACCUGCGAGUUUCAUCUAAGAAAAAGCGCACCGGUAUUCCUUCAUCCCCACCUGCUUUGGCUCAGCCUUUAGCACCCCACCCCCUGGAAUCCAUUUUAGCUUUCUUUUUAUUAUUAUUAUUAUUAUUAAUAUUUUUAAUCAUUACUAUAUAUAUAUUUUUUCUUUCUUUCUGAAGAGAGACAUAGAGAGGUUACGGGAGGGAGGUGUAGUGGGGUGGGAACGAAGCGCUUUGAUUAGAGAUCUCCGGGGAGAAGAUUGCUCUCCCCAGUUGCUGAUUUCCAAAGCACUUGACAAUCACCGGCAGAACCCGCGAGCGGGCGGCGGCGGCGGCACCGGCCGGGGGGCAGCUCGAGCCCAGCGCUGAGUCCUGCCUAGUCUGCCCUGGACGGACGCACGCGCCGAGACCCGGCCGGGACCUGCCCUCCAUCCCGUGCCCUGGAAGAAGGCGGCGGGCUCUACCUCCCGCCUGGGAGACGGGCGAGGCUUGAAGGCAGCGUGAGUGGCAGUGGCGGCCCCCGACAGGGCUCAGUCAGCGCGCGGUGAGCGGCGGCGCCCACAGCCCCGGCCCCACUGCCGGCUCCGACGCGGCCGGGAGGCGGCCGACACGACCUAGGCUCCCAGGGCUAGCCCCGCAGCGUCCCGGGAACAUCUGCGCGCCCGGCCCCGCGCUCCGUGGAGAGGGCGAUGGGUCCUAGUCGGGACUGAGCGCCCCUACCCCUCUCCUCAACCCCUUGGGUCUCCUCCCUCCGCCUCCUCGAGGGCGAGCGGCCAUCUGCGCCGCCCCUUCCCUCUCCCGUGUCCCCAGCUCCCCUUCCCUCUGUCCCCUCCCUUCCCGGACCCAUUCCCCGGGCCACCAUGGCUGCGGCCAUCGCCAGCGGCUUGAUCCGCCAGAAGCGUCAGGCGCGGGAGCAGCACUGGGACCGGCCGUCUGCCAGCAGGAGGCGGAGCAGCCCCAGCAAGAACCGCGGGCUCUGCAACGGCAACCUGGUGGAUAUCUUCUCCAAAGUGCGCAUCUUCGGCCUCAAGAAGCGCAGGUUGCGGCGCCAAGAUCCCCAGCUCAAGGGUAUAGUGACCAGGUUAUAUUGCAGGCAAGGCUACUACUUGCAAAUGCACCCCGAUGGAGCUCUCGAUGGAACCAAGGAUGACAGCACUAAUUCUACACUGUUCAACCUCAUACCAGUGGGACUGCGCGUUGUUGCCAUCCAGGGCGUGAAGACAGGGUUGUAUAUAGCCAUGAAUGGAGAAGGUUACCUCUACCCAUCAGAACUUUUUACUCCUGAAUGCAAGUUUAAAGAAUCUGUUUUUGAAAACUAUUACGUAAUCUACUCAUCUAUGCUGUACAGACAACAGGAAUCUGGUAGAGCCUGGUUUUUGGGAUUGAAUAAGGAAGGGCAAGUCAUGAAAGGAAACAGAGUAAAGAAAACCAAACCAGCAGCUCAUUUUCUACCUAAGCCAUUGGAAGUUGCCAUGUACCGAGAACCGUCUUUGCAUGACGUCGGAGAAACGGUCCCGAAGGCCGGGGUGACGCCGAGUAAAAGCACAAGCGCGUCGGCAAUCAUGAAUGGCGGCAAACCAGUCAACAAAAGUAAGACGACAUAGCCAGAUCCCCACCGGUGUUGUGACUCAGUCGUCCCGCGCGCAGUUGAGUGAUUUAUCCUUGCCAGACAGUCCUGCUCCGUGGCUGAGGCGCGGCUGGAAGUCGGCCGGUGCUUGCUCUCGGCUCGCUCGAACUUCUUGGUUGCAAGUGGAUAAAUCUCAACCUGUUGCACCCCCAGAACAAGAAGACGCCUGGACAACCAGCUAAACUCAGACCAUGGAAUGCCCUACCAGAUAUGGAAUGCCUUUUUAAUAUCUUUUCUGUGACCGUGACACUUCAUGUGAAUGACAUACUU